UUGACGUUGAUGACAGUUCUCAAACGAGUUCUCAAAGUGAAAAAUUUUCAAAUCCCUCGCACUCCCUCGCGAUUUUUUCUUUGCGCGUGACACAGCGUUCUUUUUCAGUGAAAAUCAAAAUUAUUUCGGAAAAUUACCAAGCUCCCCAAAAAAGCCGCAAAAAUGACCGAAAUAUUAAGCCACUCCAUCAAGAUUACGAAGUCCUCAGAUGAGCGUUCUUGCCCCUCAGAGGACCACAAGCGACGCAUCCGGAAGAUGAUUGAGGUGACCCACUCGACGCGCUAUAUGAAGUACGUCGAAGGCGACGAUGAACCAAAUGAAAUGGCUUUGGUCCCCAGGCGCCCGAUCCGUAAUAAUUUUGCCUCCACCAUGGCCGUGAUCGAUAACAGCAUGGGAAAUUUUCAAGACACCAUCGGAUACGACAGGGCACGGUUCGGGUCCAAUUGCCGGAAGAUGGCCCAACAGUAUUAUGCGGGGCGCAUUCAUAAGAUGAACAAAAAGGUGAAGAAAUGUGCCAAGAAGGCGGCAAAGUACAGAAAGGUGGAUGGCAAGGUGAAGCACGAAAAGCGAAACAUGGUUAAGAAGCUCCAGGACGUGCUGGAGACCAGCCAGAAGAAGCGCGAAAAACGGGAGAAGCUGCUUGCGAGUCUCAUGAAAAAGAUGGCUGGAAGUGCAUCAGUAGUGAUGUAGACCGUUUUUGAAGUUAUUGAAAGAUUCAAUUCAACCCGUUAAUCAAAAGAUUAACAAAUAAUAACAUGCGAGUAAGGAACUAUUAAAUAGUCAAUUAAUAAAUAAAAUUUGUUUUGGAAAUUUAUUUGAGAA